AUGCUACAAAGAAGCACAGCCGGCAAAAUUACUGGCCGGGGAACUGGUGCAGCUUGCGGCAAGGUUUGCGGGGCUGCCGGAUCAUCCGCCAACAUUUCUUUCAACAGCUUCCGACAGUCCUUCACGACCAAUGUUAAUUUCUUGAAACGAAGGUUCUCGUCGGGGGACCUAAGCUCGGAAUUCGACGAUGAGCCGAACGCGAGCACGGGGCUGGCCUCCGUGGGCCCCAAGGACCCGAACUACCAGGGCCUAGCCGAGCGGCCGCUCCAGACCCAGCCACAGCCGAUGGUGCCGCCGCAGCAGCCGGUGCCGGGGGCUCCGCCUCCGGGAGGAGGUGGUCCCGGCGGUCCGGCCGGCAGUGGCGACCUCAGCCUGAACCUCAGGCCCGGCUCGAGAACGACGAGCGCGCCAUCCUCGCCCGCCAAGACCAGGGAGAGCUUGCUGCAGAGGGUUCAGAGUCUCACGGGCGCCGCGCGCGAUCAGGGCGCAUCGAUCCUCGGUACUGCUGUGCAAGGAGUGACGAGCGGACGCGGCUUCGGCGGCAAGGACAAGAGCUUCAUACUGCUCGUGAUCGACGACCAGAACACCGACUGGAGCAAGUACUUCCGAGGCCGCAGACUGCACAACGACUACGACAUACGCGUCGAACAGGCCGAGUUCCGCGAGCUGACCCUCACGGCCAGUGACGCCGGCUGCACCGUGUCCAUGGCCGUCAUUCGCAAUGGUAGCAAAGUCAUGAGGUCGUUCAAGCCGGAUUUCGUGCUGAUUAGACAGAACUUACGCGACGCCGGCGAGGACAACAAAAACUUACUUCUCGGUCUCAUGUACGGCGGCGUGCCCAGUGUCAACAAUCUCCAGGCCAUAUACAAUUUCCAGGACAAACCAUGGGUCUUCGCUCAACUUAUCGGUCUUCAACGACGUCUUGGACGAGAAGCAUUUCCCCUUAUCGAGCAAACUUACUACCCACAUUAUCGGGAAAUGGUGAACGCUAAUCGUUAUCCGACGGUCGUGAAACUGGGCCACGCUCACGGUGGUGUGGGUAAGGCCAAGGCCGAAAAUUGUCAAGAGUUUCAGGAUCUGGCCUCGCUCGCCGCCCUCAGCAACUGUUACAUCACGGCCGAACCCUACGUCGACACCAAGUACGAUGUUCACGUACAAAAGAUCGGCAACAACUACAAGGCUUUCAUGCGCAAAAGCAUAACUGGAAAUUGGAAAUCUAAUACUGGUUCGGCGAUGCUGGAACAGUUGCCAGUAUCGGAUAAACAUCGCGGUUGGGUGGACCAAGUGUGCCAAUUAUUUGGCGGUCUUGACAUUUGUGCCAUCGAGUUGCUGGUCGGUAAAGACGGCAGAGAGUACAUCAUCGAAGUCAACGACAGUGCCCUGUCACUUAUGGGUGAUACUCAGGAAGAAGAUCGUCGACAUAUUGCCGAGCUUGUGGCCGCCAAAAUGCAGGCCUAUUGCCGACCACCGUCGCAGUUAACGAAGACGAAUUCGCGCGGUUCCAUGUCCUCGACAUCGGGACUGUCAUCGCCGACAGAAGAACGUGGACCACCACUGGGCCCACCGCCGCCAGCCCCUCCAAGCUCGCACGGCAGCAUCACCUCUAUGACCAGCGGCCUCGGCUCUACCAGCUCGGUUUCGGCUCUCAACUCCGUUAACGACUCCGCACCUGGGCCGCCCGAUCAUCAUCCGCCGCUGCAGAGACGCGACUCCCAAGCUUCCCAAUCGAGUUCGGUGAGUAGUGCCCCGUCGGUGGGUAGACGUACGGAAGAGCCACCACCGGUACCUCCGACGACGCGUUUGCCGUUUCAUCGUCAAGGUAGUCAGUCGCAGCCGGCUCCAGGUGAGGACACCGAGGACACUAUGAAGAAUUUGCGCAAGACCUUCGCCGGCAUAUUCGGUGAUAUGUAAGCUGCACUGAUCCUGCAGUACAAAAUACCCCAGCAUUGUCAACUCGCACAUACAUAGAGUCCACAGUGUAAACACUAGCAAUGUUUUUAACAUCAAAUACACCUGACAUAUGAGCAAUUCGCGUGACGACGUUAAGUGGAAUCGACAAAGAAUUAUGAAUUAUUUUUCUUUUCGACCAAAAAACCUACGCUGAGACUGAGAAUUAAAGUUUUCAAUAUACAAUUUUACCAACGUUUAAUUUAGGUACUUUUUACAUGGACACGAGAGAGACUGAAUACGUUGAAUAAUGUAACAAUCUCGCCGCACCGUCCCCGAGAUACUUGAAGCGUUAUUUGAAUUUUUUUCAAACCAAAUCACAUCGAAAAAUUGAUUCUAAAUGUUUUCAAUUUUACCUAAACUACUCGUUCGUGCGGGUGCUCAUUGCAUUUAUGUUAAACGUGUUACAGAGAAUAAAGAGGUUUAAAAAAUGUUAAAAGGAGAAGUGAUAAUUUCAAAAAAUUGAAAACAUUUUAAAAAUUUUCGGAAUGGGGAAUAAUAAAUCAUUGUAGGAGCACUGAUGAAUGAACAUGUGGCUUCAUUAACGAAAAAGAAUAAAAAAAUUUAUAUCCUCAUAUUAAUAGCAAUAAUCUCAACUCUUUAUAAUUAAAAAAAUAAAACUCAAGUUAUCUCUGUCCUUUAAAUCGAAAUUGAUCUUUUAGUAUGAUAUAUAGUAAAGAGUAUUCCUCGUGAUUCGGAAUUUUACAAGUCAUUUUUUUUCUCUUUCUCUCUCCUUUAGGAGCGAUCGUGAAGUCUUUGUAUCUAUACACGGCAAAUUGUUGUUUACCAAUGUAAUGGUACCUUAUACCUAUAAUGUAUUACUGUCUUCAUAAAUUAUAAAAAAUAUUAUAUUAUAUAUAUUAUAUUAUGUAUGUUAAGAGGUCACAAUUGUGUACAAGUGCAACUUACAUGCGCUAGGUAUGCAUAUCGUUUGAGUAUUCACAAGAACCAUAUAAUUAGCUCAUCAAAAUAUAAAAGACACGCGAUGUAUUUACGUGUGCGAAAAUAAUUGGAAAAA